AUGCCAAAGCAGCCAGCUGAAAACCGGGAACGUCAGUCAAUCAAACUUCUCUUUGUUCUACGUGAUAUCGCCGUAGGAUUCACCCACACCAAGAAUCUUCUGGCACUCAGUCUGAGGUUUCAGAGCUCCCAGAUGUCUACUAGUGGCCCAGGCUUAUGGCUGACCGUCGCAGGGCACUACAGAGAGCGAAGCCUGACCACCAACAUUCGGACUUGGGUGGCUUCACUCCAAGGGCUGUCCGUUCUGUGUGCUGACCUCCCAGACGUGGCUCCGGGGACAAAGUCCAAGAGCACAGCAAGGUCUCCCCUUGAGCCUCACCCAGUGGCUUCCCACAAAGAGCCCACAGUGUGCUGCCAGUACAACCCCACCUUCAGGCAGGUGGUCAGCUACUUGGAAGCAUCUGUGGUGAAAGUAUGGGACUUUGAAACAGGAAUACUGUUGUGCGAUUUUAUUGAGGCUCAAGGCAAUGCUGGAAUCCGUUGUCUGACCUUUGACUCCAGUGGAAGAGGUCUAGUUACUGGGGGCAGAGAUGGCUGUCUGAAAAUAUGGAGCUACAACAACGGACCUUGUCUUCACACCUGGAAACAUGAUGAAAAGCAAAGUGAAGUCUGUGAUUAUACCUACUUGAAGUUAAGCCAAAAUAAGUGUAUCAUAGCUGUUGGAUGGGAUAGAAGAAUAAAUGUGUACUUUGACACACCUUGUGACUUUCACCACUUCCGGAAGCCAAAGCCACACUGGCAGGAUGACGUGAACCACGGGCAAAAGGAGGACAUCCUCUGUGUAGCUCAAUGCCCGCCUAUUCUCCUUGCCACCUCCAGCUACGACGGGGAGAUUAUCAUUUGGAAUGUCAUCUCAGGGCACAUGCACUGCAAGCUGAAUACCCCCAGCCCCUGUGAUGGCACAGAAUAUGGAGAACGUAGGGGCAGGGCGGCCUCCACAGCCACUGUGCCCAGGCCCGCAGCCUCUGACUCCUGGCAUGUUGUCUAA